AUGGCGAUGAAGCUUCCCAAAAUACUGAGCAAUUGCGAUCCGCCACAACGGCCUUCACUUUGAGGUGUCUUUGGUUGGAAAGGAAAAUGUGAGUCUGCUGGAGAUGGUUGGAGUUUGUUUAGCAAAGGCAGUGACAGCGAUGGAAGCAGGCCUUCGUCUGCCCUCUCUGAAGACCGGCGCUCUUUAGGAAGUGAUUCAGUUUUGGGUAGUACUGGUUUGAUACAGCUUGAAAGGCCGGCUUGGCUACCAGCGAAACCUAAACAAGAGCAAAGGGCUCAUUCUUACCAGCAUGAAAAAAUUCUUCAAACAAUUAGGAAAAGAGAGCUGAAAGAAGCUAAACAUCGGAAAAAAGUGCUCCAGAACCAAUUGAAGGUUGAAGAUGAACUUGCUAAUGCAACAAAGGUUUGGACUCAAGAGAUAUUACCAAAAUGGCCUGAAAUGAGAAACCAUAAGAGGACCCAGGAACUGUGGUGGCAAGGAGUUCCACCCUGUGUGAGAGGGAGGCUUUGGCGUUUGGCUAUUGGCAAUGACCUUAACAUCACCCAUGACUUGUAUGAAAUCUGUGUUCAGAGAGCUCAAGAUAGGCUUCGAAGCGCUUCAGGAAGCAUGGAAGCAUUAGAUGAACCAUGCAUUGAUUCUGAUCGAGAGGGAAGUAUGGAGUUGAUUCAGUUAGACAUCAGUAGAACUUUUCCCCAUCUCUGCAUUUUUCAAAAGAGAGGCCCAUACUAUGAAAUGCUACACAGCCUCCUGGCAGCGUAUGCUUGCUAUCGGCCGGAUGUUGGUUAUGUUCAGGGGAUGUCCUUUAUUGCAGCAGUACUCAUCCUUAACAUGGACCCACCAGAGGCUUUUGCUUGCUUCGCCAACCUACUUAAUAGGCCAUGUCACAGGGCAUUCUACAGCCUGGAUCAGUACUUGAAAACUAAUCACAACUGA